CUACCCUCUUCGAAAGUAAGCAAUCCCAACUCAUUUCCCUUGACAACAAAGCACUUUGACUAGCUUGAGGACGUUGAUUGGAAACUACAGUUGCAUCGAAUUCCUCCCUAGUCUAUUUAAACCAAAGAUCUUUUAGCUUCAUUAUGUGCAUGAGAGAUGGGGAAGCUGAAUUGGGAAAGCAAUCCACACUGGGAGAAACUCCGCAGAUUACCUUCUCUGCUAGACAUCAAAAAGCUCUCAAACAAAUAUGCUAAUGCAGUAGGUUGCCGAAGUGCAAAGGAAGUCUCGACAGAUGAGGUGGAGGAGAGGACACUAAAGGGAGAAUACUGGCGAACAGCUAUACUUCUAUUGGAUAUUGAUAUCUAUGUUAAGCAGUAUGAAUCUAUUAAUGUGAAUUAUGAAGAGGCCAGAAACCCUGCUGGUAAAAUUCCCACCGGUGGGGGGAGGAAUAACGAGGGUAAGAAGGUCAGUUUCAGUGAUGGGGAUGAGGACUGGCAAUUAGUCCAGAAUAGGGAAAAGAACAAAGGAAAGCAUCCACAGAACUUAGGGUCCACUAAAACAUGGAAAAGGGUGGAAUGUCCUGGUGAUGCUAAUUUGAGAAAGGUAUAUGGGAAACAUAAUGAGAAAGAAAGGGAGAACCUUUGGCAUGCCCUCAGUACCCAUAAUCCCAACAAUCAUUUGUGGAUUGUUGGAGGAGACUUUAAUGCUGUAACUAGGUUGGAAGAUCACAAAGGGAGUGAUAGUCCUUCCAUAAGGAGUAUGACAGCCUUCCAAGAUGCUAUUAACUCUUGUGAGCUGAAUGGUUUGGAACCCAUAGCAGGGGGAACCUUCACCUGGUAUGGAGUCAGAAGUUUGGGAAAGGUGUGGAGGAGAUUGGAAAGAAUCUUUGUUAACAAUGAAGUUCUCUACAAAUAUACCAGUGUUUCUUUAAGCCAUCUUAGUAAGAGCAGCUCAGAUCACAAGACACUACUUCAAUGCAAAACUGAGGUUUUUACAGGUGUGAAGCCAUUUAGAUUUCUGAAUUGUUGGUGCUCACGUGAAGGAUUCCAAGAUGUGGUGAAAAGUAAAUGGAACUCUUACAACACAGUUGGAGGAAUGAAAGGUUUAGCAGAUAAGCUUAGGCAACUUAAAGGAGAUCUAAAGGAGUGGAAUAAACCUACCUAUGUUAACAUCUUUGAUAAAGGAAGAAGAGCAAAGUUAAAGAUUGAGAGCAUUAAGAGAGACAAUGGACAGGGGAUCACAGAUGAAGAGGGAAUAGCCAAUAGUGCCAUUGAUUAUUACUCGACUCUUUAUAAUGAAGGCCAUGAACCAAGUCUCCAACCUAUUCUUGAUAAUAUACAAACUUUGGUGAACAAUGAGGAUAACCAGAUGCUGAGUGAACUUCCAACCUUGGAGGAGGUGCAACAAGCUGAUUGGGAGCUAAAUGAGACCUCAGCAAGUGGACCAGAUGGGUUCACAGGUGGGAAUGUAAUCAUCAAAUUAGACAUUGCCAAGGGCUUCGACAAAGUUAGCUGGGGCUACCUUAGAGAAGUAAUGAAGAAGAUGGGCUUUAACCACAAGAUACCUGUAGAAGUUGGAAUGGCAGUUAGGUUGAUGGCGGAGUUAGUGGCGGCAAGCCGUAGCCGCGAUGGUGCGCAGACUCUGGCAGAGUUAGCGGCGGCAAGGCGUAGCCGCGAUGGAGCGCAGAUCCUGGUUCGAGUAUGCUGAUAUCGAGAAAAUAAGGAAGCUUUGCACGGAGUAUUUUCGGUCUCUCUGCCAACGAAUUUUUAGUUUUUAGUACCCAACCCAAUUUGAUUUUUUUAAUCAAGUUAUGACAUAUUUUGAUCAUGAAAUAAUAUAAAUUAAAAAUAAUUAAAUAUUAUAUAAAAAAUUCAAAAUUAUAUUUUAAAAUAUAUUUAAUUUUACUAAAUUUACAUUAUAACU